AUGGAUACUACCGGCGAUGAGGACCUCAAGCUACAACGAGCCUCCGCAGAUCUCAUUGCUGAGCUACACCGUUCUCUUCCUCAUUUCCUGUACAAUGGCAUACCCGCCGAAUCUGGACAUCCGCCUGCAGCCAGUGGCGGUGUUCGAGGCCUGGUCCGAGGGACCAAGACCGACCAGCUCAUCAAGCUGUUAGAGCCGUUUCAGGAAUGGCCGCAGUUGCUAGAUCCCCACCUAAGUGGUCUUCUCCAACCUCUGGUUUCUGCUUUCAUUGAUUAUGCAUCCAAGUAUGCUGCCAUUUACCACCAAGAAGGAAAGCCCUGCCCUGGCGUAAUCCCACUGCCGAGGGCAAUCUCCAAAAUUCUUUACGUAUUCUGCAAAAUUCGAGGAACAAAGGUGAUUUCUCAAUUCCUGAACAACGAGCCAAGAUAUCUCGAAGCGAUGCUUGACGCACUUGAGUCAUGGGCUGGGAAUACGUACUCUAGUAAAGAGAACGCUACCUCAAAAUAUGGUUUUAUGGUUUGGGAGGAAAGCUUCAUCAUGUUGCUAUGGCUAUCUCAUCUCUUAUUGGCACCUUUUGAUCUCAGCUCCAUGUCCUCUGAUAAUGCUGGUAUACAGCUUCGUGGCUCUCUGUUGUAUAUUGACUUAUCUGCAACCAUUCCACCCAUAGCAAAGCGUCUCGUCCACGUUUCUACUCACCACCUCAGCCUACCCAGCAAAGCGAGAGAGGCAGCUGGAACAUUGCUGGUACGCCUUGCUGUGCGGACAGACAUGCGAAAGAUUGGCCUUCAGAAGAUACUUAUUGACUGGGCUCUCUCAUCCGUCCGCGCGGAAUCCGAUGCCGCUGCCCCUACGUCAAUCUAUGGCUUUAUUGGCAUUCUAUCUUUCCUCGCUGGAUUCAUCAUCUCUGCCGAGAGUGGAGUCCUCAAGCCGCUCCUCUCGCGGACAUACAAUUCUGUCCAGCACGCCAAAUCCGACCAAUCUCCUUCCUCCGCUGGGACAAAUUCCUCAGCUUCUGCACGCAAACUAGUCAUCAAGGUUGAACGGGCACUGGCUGUAGCCGGGAUGAAAAUAGACUCCAAGGCCCCCCAUGGUCUCAGUCCAAGUCUUGGUGAAGGUGCGCUUGAAGACAUUAUUGAUCAUUUACUGACGGCGCUGGAGGACAAAGACACAUCUGUGAGGCUCGCAGCAAGCAAAGCUCUAAGUGUCAUUGCCGUCGAGCUAGAGCCCGACAUGGUAGAACAGAUCAUCGAAAUGAUUGACGAGAGGUUGUAUGAGGAUACGUUGUGGGAAGACGCGCACACUGGGGCCGAUGCAUCUGGAAGUUUUGAGUUGAAUCUGGGAACCGUGAGCGCUUUAAGCUGGCACGGUUUAAUCCUUGCACUAUCCCAGCUGAUAUUCCGUGGCUCGAUGCCACCGAAGUCUGUCAUUGGUAAGGUCAUGUUUUCACUCAUUGUCGCUCUUCGCUUCGAACAAAGAUCGUCAUUGGGAAACUCUGUUGGGACCAGCGUCAGAGAUGCAGCAUGCUUUGGCCUAUGGGCGCUUGCCAGACGAUAUUCUACAGCGCAAAUCAAAAGUUACAAGCCGGUUAGAAAGGAAAAUUGUGACGGCGUCAUGGAAUCAAAGGGCCAGGUUUCAGAAAAACCCACUCUCUCUGCUUCGGGUAUCACGACUGCAGGCGCCACAGGCUCGAAGUCCACCGAGAAUCCCGAAUCGACGCUUCAGGUCCUCGCAAAUGAAUUAGUCAUCGCAGCUACAUUGGAUGCAGCUGGAAAUAUCCGUCGUGGCGCUUCCGCCGCUUUGCAGGAAAUGAUUGGCAGACAUCCCGAAGAAAUUGAAAACGGCAUAGAUCUAGUCCAGGUGAUAGAUUACCAUGGGAUUGCCUUAAGAUCGAGGGCAAUGACCAAGAUCGCCAUCAGCGUCUCGCAGAUCGAGCCUACUUAUUGGCAUUCUACCCUCCGUGGACUCCUAGAUUGGAGGGGUGUAUGCUCAGGUGACGUGGAAUGUCGGCGCAAUGCCGCCCAUGCAAUCGGGCUACUAGCCCAUAGUCGAGGUCCUGAAAUGAUUGCGUUAACCAUCAGCACUUUGCGGCGUCGGUUGCACGCCUGCGAGGUCCCAAAGAUCGAGGAGAGACAUGGCCUACUACUUGCUUUGUCAGAGGUUGUAAGCCGUUGGUCUGAUGUGGAUCUUAGCAACAGACCACGUCUUCAGGCCAAAAUAGAGGGCGAAAUAGCCAAACUAUGGCAUAUUUUCUACCGUGGUAGUGGCCCCAAGACACGGUCAUACGAGGGGGAGGUAGCCAUGGAUACGAAGCUUCUUCGUUCCGCUCUCGCAUGUGAAGCCAUAUGUUCGUUGGUUGCAGCCCUCGCCACCUCCUUGAUCCACGGGAAAUUGCACCAUCCGUCUCCUACAGAGUUGCAUGAAUGCCUUGAAGCACUUGAGAUGAGCCUACAUCAAUCAGAUGGAAUUGUCCUCGCUGCGAGCACAAGCGCCGCGAAGGCCUUGUUCCGGAUCCUAGACCUUGACACUCAGGGGAAACUUGUAACCCAAUGGGCUCAAAUUCUCCGUGAUCCGACUUCCGGUUCUUCAGAAGAUAGUGUGGUGGGAGUCGCAGCCGCAUUCGGCGCGGUUUUCCAACAUGUUCAAGCUUCGCAAUCGCGAAAUCUCAUCAUCGAUACAUUGACAAGCCUGGUCAACAACGAACAUGGCAUAAGCCUUAGAUGCACUGCGCUGAGAAGUCUGACUUCAGGCGUGCUCGAAUCGAAUGUAAUCUCUGAGAAAUCAUCUCAGGCGCUGCAUGCCUGCUUGAAUGACUACACCACCGAUCAACGAGGUGACGUUGGCUCUUUGAUCCGCUUGGAAGCCAUUGAUGCCACUGCUGUUGUCUUGAAGAAGGAACUCCUAAGUAUGAGCGAGAGACAAGACAUAGCAGCGAGGAUCUGUGGCCUUGCCGUGGAGAAGCUGGACAAGGUUCGAUUCCGAGCUUGGGAUUGCUUGCAAGCCAACUGGGAAGUCUUUAGCUUGGACUCUAAACCACAGACCUUAAUAUCUGACAUCUCGCAAACAUCGACAAGCGAGUACUUUCUGCAACUUUUGUUCUUAUGCUCUCACCACUUGACACAAGGUUGGAUCAGGAAGCCACUUCUAGAAGGCUAUGUCACAUCAGGAGGAGCAGGCUCUGAGUCACUUCUGGGAGCGUCAAGAGCAGCUUUUGUAUUCUAUACCGAGUCUUCGGAUCUGGCAACAUUAACUGUGCUCUGCACAUAUCUGACUGACAUCAUCCGAGAAAACAUCUUCAACGACAGACUUGCUAUGUCUACUUUGGAGUUCGUUGCCUUCCUCUUUGAAGCAGGCGUGCUGCAGCGGCUACGAGAUCGAGAUUUCGCAUGGAGAAGACUCUUUACCGAGGUGCGAAAGGCGCAUUUCAAAUCCGGCAAUGUCCAGAAGAUCGAAGCAGCUGUUAAGAUAUAUGCGGGCAUGAUGGCAGUGCCCAGGGUGAGGACAGAGGUUCAAGAAAAGCUAUGCAGUAUGCUUUUGCACCCAUAUCCCAAGGUCCGCAAUGCGGCUGCUGAUGCGCUGCUUAUUGUGACUGAGGAUGAGAGCUUGAUGGGAGUCAAUUGGUCGAAACCGCAGGCGGGAAUGAAGGUAGUCGUCCGUUCUUUCCAGGCCAAAGUUGGUGUUCAACCCGCUUUUGCUUCAUAG